GCAAUUCACCACCGCCGGGGUUGUUCUCAGUAAUUCACCACCGCCAAGAGCCGGAGCAAGGCAUGCAUCCGACAACUUUCAAUGCGAACCUCUGGGAAAGAGCUGCCCCAUAAAGGGAAUACCAUGGACUAGCGUGCGGCUCCCGAAGAAGGCAGAUUGAAGUCCACUGAUAUGAAUUGAGCCUCUAAGGCUGAGGGCGCCGGACCGCGGAGUCGAGAGUCGAGAGAAAAGGAAGGGGAUUGCGUUUUCAUCGCCGCUACCAUGAACCUCAGCGUUGUCAAUGGGACCUGGAAUGAUUCCGGCCUGUGGAACGGCACGGAGCUCCUGGACACCAAGUUCAUCCAGCCCAACUGGCUCAUCGCCCUCUGGGCUCUUGCCUACUCCGCCAUCGUGCUGGUGGCGGUCUGCGGAAACAUAGUGGUCAUGUGGAUUAUCCUGGCCCACAAGAGGAUGAGGACGGUCACCAACUACCUGUUGGUCAACUUGGCGUUCGCCGAGACCUCCAUGGCUGCAUUCAACACGGUCAUCAACUUUGUCUACAGUAUCCACAACGACUGGUACUUCGGCGCCGGCUACUGCCGCUUCCAGAACUUCUUCCCCAUCACUGCCAUGUUCGCUAGCAUCUACUCCAUGACGGCGAUCGCCAUCGACAGGUACAUGGCUAUCAUUCAUCCACUGAAACCAAGACUGUCGGCAACUGCAACAAAAGUCGUCAUUGGCAUCAUCUGGUUGAUGGCCCUGUCCCUUGCCCUUCCACAGUGCUAUUACUCCAAAACAGAGCAGUUCCCAGGCAGAGUCGUGUGUUACGUGGAGUGGCCAGUGGAUGAAGAGAGCAAAGAGGAAGGCAUGUCUGAUGAAACUACGUACCACGUCUGUGUGAUAGCCCUUGUCUACUUCAUGCCCCUGAUUGUGAUGGGGUUUACCUACACUGUUGUGGGCAGGACGCUGUGGGCCAGUGAGAUCCCAGGGGAUUCCUCGGACAGAUAUAGGGAGCAGCUCAAUUCCAAGAGGAAGGUGGUGAAGAUGAUGAUUGUAGUGGUGACUACCUUCGCUGUGUGCUGGCUUCCCUUUCACAUCUACUUCCUGCUUUCCCUCUUCCACCCUGAUAUCUACCUGGAGAAAUACAUCCAGCAAGUGUAUCUGGCCAUCUUCUGGCUCGCCAUGAGUUCCACAAUGUACAACCCCAUAAUCUACUGCUGUCUCAAUGAACGGUUCCGCGUUGGCUUCCGCCGUGCUUUCCGCUGGUGUCCGUUCAUCAAAGACACUGACUAUGAGGGUCUGGAGAUGAAGUCCACCAGGUAUUUUCAUACCCAGAGCAGUAUGUACAAGGUCAGCCGCAUGGAGACCACCGAGGUCAACCUAAAUGAUGAUGACACUGAGGAGAAUGAGAAGGCUGUACACUUGCCUCUGGACCUCUCCACCAAUGGGUCUGCACGCCACUCUUUAAAGGCUGGUUCCAACCCUACCGGCACCUACUGAAGACCAGAUCCCUACUAAGUGGUCAGCCAAAGCACGAGGCCCUCAGACUGGAGAGCAAUAAGAGAUUGAAUGAUUCCGAACAGGCACCGUCUAAUAUUCAGAUCUGAGGAGCUGGCCAAUUUACUGUAAUAAUGCAAGAUGGGCCCUCCUUUGGGAUUGGCAAACUAGGGGGUCUAAGACAAGACAGGAACACCAAUUUGGGCACCGGUAACAUGCACAGUAGACCUUCAGCACAUGAUCAUUGAUGGUGUCAGCUUGAAACUAAAGCCCUUCCCCACCCUUUUAACAACACCGAGAUUUGUGCUUAUAACACUCGGGACCAUGCACCGGGUUACUGAAGCUGUGAGUCUGUAAAUCCCCAUGACUGUGCACAGGGAAUGUAAACUACCAUUGUGUUCCUUCACCGCCCACUGCAACCAACACCAAGCUCACCAUUCCCUAUAUCUAAGCACUAGUUACCUUUAAGAUUGAAGCUCACCAGAUCAGUUGACCCAGACACAAAGUGUACAACAAUAUACCUACCAAAGGAUUGUUCUAGGAUUGUUGAAGUUCAGGCUACUGGGUGAACUUUAGUCCAGUCCCUUUGGUCCAUCUGCUGUGACAGCCAGGAUCUCCUGGUGGUCAGCCAUUUUGUUCCCAUACUGUCCAUGGCCUCCUCUAUUGCCAAAGUGAGGCUAAACACAGAUUACAGCCACACCUCCAUCAGGUUUCCUACCUGAUGGUACUAACAUCAAUUUCUGAUAACUAUUUCCCUCUGUCCUUCAACCUCUUUUUGUUUUAUGUACUUCUCUGGCCCCUCCUCUUUCCUCUUCCCUCAACUCCUGACCUGUCAAACAUCCACUUCCUCCCACUUGUCCCCCACCUCAUCCUGACCUGUCAAUCAUCCACAGCUUGCUCCCAUUUCUUCCCUGUCUCUUCCUACUAUUCAGUCACCAUUCCCUCCUCCCACUUGUUCCCCACCUCCUCCUGAUCUGUCAGUCAUCCACAUUUUCCUCCCAUUUGUUCACCUUCAACACCUGUCCUGUCAAUCAUUCACAGCUUCCUCCCACUUGCUCCCCACUGCCUCCUUACCUGUCAUUCAUCUAUUCCUUCCUCCCAUUUGUUCCUCACCUUCUCCUCCACCUUUCCAUACACAUACCCUCUUCCCACUUGUUGCUCACCUCCUUCCCUUUAUUCCAUGAUCUAUUGUACUUUGCUAUCAAAUUCCAUCUUCCCCACCCCUCUAUAAUCCCCCAGCCUCCCAAAUUCUCAUUAUCAUUCCCCUUUUCUCACUUUCCUCACCUUCCUACCCUCUCUUUCAUCCAGAUUCACCUAUUACUCACAAGCUUGUGCUUGUGCUUCUCUCCACACCAUUCUAUUCUGGCUGCUGCCCUCUUUCAUUUCAGUCCAAUGACGGGUCUCGGCCCAAAAUGUCAAAUGUUCAUUUGCCUCCACAGUUGCUGCCUGACUUGCUGUGAUCCUCUAGUCAGAGUAAAACUUGUUCUUGGUUGAUUACCACUACUGAACUGAUGAGAGCACUAGACACAUCUUUGUUUGAGUAUCCAAUCAUUUUGAACAAGUGUGUUGGAGGGAAGAGGGUAUAUAGGGGGGAACGGUAGAUCUAACAUAAUGAGUUCAAGGGAUUUAAGACAACUGGGGGGAAAUGAUAUAGGGGUGAUAACAUCUGUGGAGUGGAAUGAAGAAUUGAUGUUUUGGCCCAGAACAGGAAAGGAAGGAAGAAGAACCCAGAAUAAGAAGGUGGGAGGAGGGGGGAAUGGAGUACAAGCUGGAAGGGUUAGAUGAAGCCAUGUGAGAGGGCAAGUAGGUGCAUGGGGAAGGGAAGGGUGAAUUGAGAAGCUGGGAGGUGAUAGGUGGAAAAGGUAAAGGGCUGAAGAAGAAGGAAUCUGAUAGGAGAGGAGAGUGGACCAUGGGAGAAUGGGAAGGAGAAGCACUGGUGGGGGAUGAUAGGCUGUUGAAGAGAAGGGGUGAGAGGGGAGCCAGAAUAGGGAAUGGAAGAAGAGAGAAAGGGGAGUGGGGAAAGCUAUCAGAAGUUGGAGAAAUCGGUGUCAUGUGUCAGGUUGGAGGCUACCCAGAUGGAAUAUGAGGUGUUGCUCCUUCAACCUGAGACUGGCCUCAUGGUGGCAGUAAUGGUGGCCAUGAACCAACAGGUCAGAACAGGAAUGGCUAAUGGGAUUAAAAUGGUAGCCACCGGGAAAUACCACCUUUUAGGGUGGAUGGACCAAGAGUGCUCAACGAAGUGGUCCCCCAAUUUAUGCCGGGUCUCACCCGGUGCACUGGAUGCAGGAGAAGGCCCCAACAGAUUCAGCCGCAAGUCUUUCUGUCCCCUACUUGUCAGCCUGAAUAGGGGUUCAAAAAGCAAAGGCACUGCCUUUUAGUGGGAUCUGACAAAGGAGGGAGGAAGGAGGCAGCAUGGUCAUCAGAUGGUCAUCCAGUGACUGCGGCCACCUUGGUGAGCAACCUUGGUGAGCAACCUUGGACAGCAACCUGUCCCACCAGCAGCUGGCAGCUGCUUUUGCACCUACGUGAUGGUCUCUGCAAAACAAAGCCCAGAAGUACCUCGGAGAGAACUAAAGAGCGGACUGUGCUCCACUGGAGAUCCCAGAGUCACAAGUGACUGCAGAUGCUGGGAUCCAGAGCAAUGAUCUGCAGGCAGAACUCAGCAGAGUAAGUGGCAUCCGGAGGAGGAAAGGAACUGCUGACGCAUGGGGUUGAAAUCCUGCACCGAGCCUUAAGCCCUAAGCUCUUAAGUGCAUCUGUGUCCUGACAAUUGCCUCCCUCCCAUGGAUGCCCCUCGAUCCAGUGAGCUCCUCCUGCAGAUUGUAUGCUGCAGAAUGAGAUCUUUAAUGGCAUAGGACUAUCCUUAAGAAUUUGAAAUGGGAUGUUUAACAGUAAAAUGGGGAAAGGGAAAGGGUUUUGGAAGAGGUUUCCAAAACUUAGGGGCCUUUAGGUUUCCAAAACUUAGGGACUCAUAGUAGCAAUUGUGAUUUUGUCAAUGUAAUUAACACGACAUCACGUUUUAUGUACACACCCAGACUGGUACAGGCCAGAGACCAUCGGAUUCUGAGGCAACCUCACAGACAGCCACAUGAAUCUUGUAGAGUCAGGCGGAAUGCUGUACCUCUACCUUAAUACAGUACGAGUUAGCAUGGCGUUAGUCCACAGUUCAUCUCCUUCUGCCUGUGUUUUCAAUCUGUGGAAGACAUGAUUAAGUUGCAAUUGUUUACAUACUACAGCGUAAAGGCUCCUGAUGUCUUCAAAGCUGUGGAUGGGGAAGUGCUGGAGAUCCUGAGGAGCAGAGUGAUGAUUGGAGAGUUGGUGACAUGGGUUGUGACUCAGACUGGAAGUCCCUCCAGCAGUGGUAGAUUGUUGGUUUCUUCCUGGGUUAUCUGAGUUCUGUUGCUGUAUCUCUCCCUUGGCACAGAAUUCUCCUCCUCGUUUGGAACCAAUGAAGGGCUCUGCUCUUCAAUAUCAGCACAUAUCACUGGCUUCAAAUGACAGAAUUUAUGCUUUCUCCUGGUCAAGGUAACUCUCGAGGCAGCAAUAAUUAUUUUGCUAAUUCUUGAGGUUCAGUGUUGCAGGCAAGACCAAGGUUUAUUGACCAAAUUCUGGGAACGAGAGAUAGGGUUGGGGAUUGCCUUUAACCCACAGGGAGCAGCCUCUUGGAGGUGAUGGGAAGCAUUUACGAAAUUUCACCUGACAGCGACAUCUGAAUGAAAACUCAACGAGCUGUACCUAUUGGGCCUGAGCAGAGAAAAGGGAAAAGACCACUUUAGGCAGGUAUGAGCAUGAUGGGCCAAAUAGCCUCAUUCUGAGCUGUAAAACUGAAGGAUUAUGACGUAUUAAUAUCAUAGUUAGUGUAAAACUGAAGGAUUAUGACGUAUUAAUAUCAUAGUUAGUGUUUCAGUGGACUCACCAUACCAAAAAUUGUUCAGCUUGCACAAAGACGUAGUCAGGAAGAUACACAGUGCACGUUGCUCCAAAACAGAUUUUGAAACUGGAUUUAGAAAAAGUUCGACAAAGAGAUGUAAGAUUUUCACCUUACUUGAAUAAGCAUCAGUUCUGCUUAUGAUAUUAUGUUAUUGGUGUUUCUCUGCCCAAAACAAUCUGUGUAGAAUUAAUUUUCAGUACAUCUUUUAGUGAUACAACAUUGAAAUCUGUCGGUUGAGAUUUCCACUUAGCCCUUGAAAGAAAGUCACAUCCUCCAUCCUCAAAUGAAUGAAUUAGACAAUAGACAAUAGACAAUAGGUGCAGAAGUAGACCAUUCGGCCCUUUGAGCCUGCACCGCCAUUCUGAGAUCAUGGCUGAUCAUCUACUAUCAAUACCCGGUUCCUGCCUUGUCCCCAUAACCCUUGAUUCCCCUAUCCAUAAGAUACCUAUCUAGCUCCUUCUUGAAAGCAAAUUAGGGAGUGAGAUUUUCCUGAGAUGAAUGAAUGGGGGGCCACAAUAAUGUAGCGGUUAGCGCAACACUAUUGCCCCUCAGGAGCAUCAGAGUUCAGAGUUCAAUGUUGGAGUUUAUACGUUCUCCCCGUGACUGCACGAGUUUCUUCUGUGUGCUCUGGUUUCCUCCCACAGUUGAAACAUGUUUACCGGUUAGUAGGUUAAUUGGUCAUUGGAAAACGGUCCUGUGAUUAGGCCAGAGUUAAAUAGGUGGGUUGCUGGGCAGUGUGGCUCGUUGUUUCACACUGUACCUCUAAAUAAAUUAAGCACAGUAGUGUAGUGGUUAGCACAAUGCUUUACAGUACAGAUGACCCGGGUUCAAUUCCCACGCCUGACUGUAAGGAGUUUAUACGUUCUCUCCACGACCGCAUGGGUUUGCUCCGGGUGCUCUGGUUUCCUCCCACAGUCAUACCAGUUUACAAUUGGUCAUUGUAAGUUGUCCCAUGAUUAGGCCUGGAUUAAAUCUGGGGAUUGCUGGGUGGUCUGGCUCGAAGGGCCAGGAGGACCUAUUCCAUGAUUUAGCUCAACAAAUAAAUAAAACUUCCAAACAUUCAUUUAAUUGAAUAACCUCCUCACGUGAAGUAUGAUUCAAUGAUUUAAAAUCAGGUGAGGUUCCUGGGAAUGAGGAAUAUAUCUUAGCUUGUAAGGGAUCAUCUUAGUUAAUAGUUCUAAUAGACAAUUGAAAUCAAAUUGAUAAAUUUGAUAGCUGAUUUUGUUGCAAACUUACCCAUCUGGGGACUCUCAAGGAUUGUAGUGGGACUGACAAUAAUUGCUCUGGCUUGCUUCAGUUCCACUGAUUGCUGUACUUAUUGAGCAAAAGUGUUGCCUAUCUUUUAAUUUUAUUGACGUUGUUGAUUCCAUUUCUUAGCCUGACCGUCACUGUGAAGCACAACUGUGGUAUUGCACUGUCCCCUUGUGGUUAUAUUGAAAGGCCAAACGAGGCAUGUGUUUUAGUAGGUUUGGACGUAGAACACUGGAACAUAUAACAUUAGAACACAGUACGCGCCCUUCAGCCCACGGUGUUGUGCCGACCUUUUAACUUCCUCUAGCACAGGCGUUCCCGACCUUUUUUAUGCCAUAGACCAAUACCAUUAAGCAAGGUUGGGUACCCCUGCUUUAAAAUCAAAAUAACCCUUCCCUCAUACAUAGCACCCAAUUUUUCUAUUAUUUAUGUGCACUGGGUUCACCAAUUAAUAUAAAAUAUUUUUUUACUGAAUUGCUCUUCUCAUAUAACGGACAAGAGAAGGUAUAUUAGUGGGGGAGCGAAGCUUAUGAGGUUCCGUACGUUAACAGAUUUCACCCAGCUGUCAAGAGGAUCUGUUUAAUGCACAUAAUUCAUUCCAGCUUCUUUCCGCGCUUAAUUUGUGUAGAACGACAGUGCUGUCCGUGUCCUGGACCUCGUCCAUUUAUUAUGGGGUGUUUAACUUGUCAAUCGAGGGCGGAAUUUUCCUUUGAAAGUCGUUGUUUCAAACCUCUCCUUCCCCGUUCUAUUUUUAUACAAGGUUCGUUGCCAAACUGCCUGCACUUGGAAAGGAAGCCCUUUGCCAAGCCAGGGCAAAUCAGGAGAGAGGAGAAGGUGACCCUGUGAUCCAACUGGCAUCUCAGAGCUUGUUAUAGCUCCUCAAAUUCGAACUCCAAAUCUUUUGAUGCGAGUUUACUUUUUGUAUACAGGACUGAAUGUAGCAUUGUCAUGCAGAAUCCUCUUUUUUUUUAAUUGGUUUGCACUGGUCACAUGGCGCACUGGAGUUUCAUGGUUGCCAGGAAACGCUUGGAUUCUAACUCACAUUCCAAACGCUGGAAGGGUCCGUCUGCACAGGACUGGUAAAACUAAAGCAGUCUGGAUGACUAAUCCAAAAUACCUCUCCCUCAGUUAAAAGUUGUACACAAGCUCUUUAAAUGCAGCUAUUUUAAAAAUUCAAGUGCAGAAGCAAUUUUCAAAGUCAAAUGCUCCCGGAAUAAAAAAGAAGUUUGGCAGUCGGUGUUAAAAGUGUUAGUCAGCGCUUCGUCUUUGCUCACUCUUUUGUCUAAUAGCCGGUUUUAUUUCAAGUUUGACUCGGAGAACUUUGGGUUCUGCUCAUCCACCCUGAGACCGUGGGUAUUUUCCCGGUUUCCUGAGUAUUUCAGACUCCACUGUGCCCCUUCAGAAGGUUCCUUACUUAGACGUAAUAAAGGAGCAAAAUUCGAAUCUCAAAUGUCAGGGAGAGUGAAUAAAGGCGAAUGAAAUCCGAGUUCAGUUUUUGUCUUAAAAUUCAUAUUUAAAUCUUUGUUA